GAUGAUACGGCCUCGGAACUUUACCAGCUUUAAUAUCUUUUUCAAUAUCACUAUAGAGGAUCUGACCGUUGACCACAGAAGAUGAUUCCGUUGACCCAAUGCCUUCUAAAAGAGUGUUUGCCCCCGAUCUUUGACUUCUCCCGAGUCCCUGGCACGCCAUGACCCCUACUAUCUGCCUGCUCUGUUCAGGGCUAAGGGACAGUUGCCAUAUUAGGAGCUGAGGGAUGGCCUCUUUGGACCUGCCUUAUCGGUGUCCGAGGUGCGGAGAGCACAAGCGUUUCAGGAGCCUGUCCUCACUGAGGGCCCACCUGGAAUACAACCACACCUAUGAGACCCUUUACGUUCUGUCCAAGACCAACAGCAUUUGCGAUGCUGCCGUCUUCCCACUGACCAGCGAGGCCGCUUUGUUGACCCCAGCCCACCGCCGGGAAGUCUUUGAAAGCACAUCGUUCCAAGGCAAAGAGCAGAGGUUCACUCGGGACUUAGUUCAGUCUGAGGAAUUUAGCCCGACGUCCCCUCGAUACACCCAGGAGGUGGAGAUCCCCCUUGGAGAGAUAUUCACCAAAACCACCAUGGCAACCUCUCACACCCCACCGCCAGCAGCUGUGGCGGCUGCUGCCGCGGCCUCCGCCGCCGUGGAUGCGGCCUACGAAGAAGGCCUGGCACGGCUGAAGGUGAGAGCCUUCGAGAAGCUCGAGGUGGACAAGCGACUGGAGAAGCUGACGGAGGAGGUGGAGCAGAAGAUCGCCACGCAGGUUGGGAGACUGCAGGUAGAGCUGGAGAAGAAAAGUUCGGAGCUGGAAAAGGCCAAGCAGGAGAGUAUGAGGCUGGGCCAGGAAAAGCAGGAACUGGAGGACCGGGCCUCGGAGCUCACCAGGCAGGUGGACGUUAGUGUGGAAAUGUUGGCGUCCCUCAAGCAGGACCUGGUCCAGAAAGAGCAGGAACUGGGCAAGAAACAGCAGGAGGUGGUUGAGAUCGACCUGUUCCUGAAAGAGACGGCGAGCCGAGAAGCCAACGCCAAGGUGCGCCUGCAACAGUUCAUCGAAGAGCUCCUGGACCGAGCGGACCGAGCUGAGAAGCAGCUGCAGAUUAUCAGUAGUUGCGGGUCGACUCCGAACGGCAGCUUGGGGAGGUGUAGCAUCCCUGGAUACAAAGCACAGGAGCCCCGCGUACAGGGACCCAGGCAGAGGAUAGACAGGCACCAGGGGCCCGGUUCCUCCACCCAUGGUUCAUAUCCUGCGUCCAAUCAGCGAUCUUCCUCCUGUGUCGGAGGAAGAGUGAAGACCGUCUCUCAGAGCUCCGGCUGCUACGACAGCGAUGGAGUGGAACCGGUGGCCAUUGACGAGACUUUAGAUCCCCAUUAUUCCGGGAACAACGACCAGGGAGACAGCAGCUUCGAGAGGAACAACAGCCGCAGCUCGGGUUUACGGCGCCAAGCCAUCCAGAACUGGCACCGCCGGCCGUACCGCAAUAAUAGCACAGAGGGAGAAGAAGGGGACAUCUCGGACGUUGGGUCCCGGACCACGGAAUCUGAGGCCGAGGUCUGGGAGCAGGAGAGCGUCGGCUCAGCAGAUCUCAAUUCUGAACGGGCAUCAGGGGGCUGCAGACCGAAAGGCCGUUGCGAAGGCAGGAUGUUGAGGCCGGAGAAGGGGAGUCCGUCUCGUGCCAAUGAGGUCAUCAGCCCGGAGAUCCUGAAGAUGAGGGCAGCGCUGUUCUGUAUAUUCACCUACCUCGAUACUAAAACUCUGCUGCGGGCGGCUGAGGUCAGCCGCGACUGGAAGUUCGUGGCCCGGCACCCGGCGGUCUGGACUCGGGUUUUCCUGGAGAACGCCAGGGUGUCUACAAAGUUUCUGCUCACGCUAUCUCAGUGGUGCACACAGACACACUCCCUGACGUUGCAGAACCUCAAACCUCGCCAGAGGGGGAAGAAAGAGACCAAGGAGGAGUACAUGAAAAGCACAAGGGGCUGGCUGGAAGCCGGACUGGAAGCUCUACUAAAAGCCACAGGAGGAAACCUACUGAUCCUGCGGAUCUCCCACUGUCCCAACAUCCUGACCGAUCGCUCCCUCUGGCUGGCCAGCUGCUACUGCCGGGCGCUGCAAGCUGUUACUUACAGGAGCUCCACAGAUCCGGUGGGUCACGAGGUGAUCUGGGCACUAGGAGCUGGCUGCAGAGACAUCAUCUCCCUCCAGGUGGCGCCAUUACAUCCGUGCCAACAGCCUACGCGUUUCAGUAACCGGUGCCUGCAGAUGAUAGGACGAUGCUGGCCUCACCUGAGGGCGCUGGGCGUCGGGGGAGCUGGCUGCGGAGUGCAAGGGCUGUCCUCACUGGCCCGGAACUGCAUGCGCCUGCAGGUGCUCGAGCUGGAUCACGUGACGGAGAUCAACCAAGAGGUGGCUGCGGAGGUCUGCAGGGAGGGCCUGAAGGGACUGGAGAUGUUGGUUUUAACAUCCACGCCGGUCACGCCAAAAGCUCUUCUACAUUUUAACAGUGUCUGUCGCAACCUGAAGUCCAUUGUGGUACAGGUGGGCAUCGCAGAUUAUUUUAAGGAUCCGAGCAGUCCUGAAGCCCGAAAGCUGUUUGAGGAGAUGGUCAAUAAGUUGCAGGCUCUUAAGAAGAGGCCGGGCUUCUCAAAGAUUCUACACAUUAAGGUGGAGGAAGGAUGCUAAUCCCGCUUUAUAGGAAAUAGACUUUGUGAUCCUCAAGUCUCCUCCGACACCUAGACUGAACCGUGCCGUCUCAUCAUGGGAAGUGCCACCAAGACCAAUUGCCAAAAAAAAAACCUGCUUCCAAGAAAGUGUCUUUGGAACAUCUGACUACAGCAGUGCAAUAGAGGGACACGCCCACCGACAGGGCCCCUCCCUUGGCGCCGAAAGGGUAACACUAACCUCCAGGGUUCUCAGACAGAGUCUUUAUCAAACAUUUUUCAGUGUAACUUCUCUGCAGCGGCCCAAUAUUGAGCGGCGUCCGACGGGUCCGCCCCUGGUAUAUGUAGCACUGCAGGCGAUUCCGAGAUUUUCCUAAUGUCUGUGUGGAUCGUAUUCUUUGUGUUUCUGUCAAGUGAGAUAUACUUAUAAAUCUGUAUAUUAAUAUAUAUCAAUAUUUUAAAGAUAAAUAUAUAAAUAUAUGCUAUUAUUUAAGAAAAAAAAAAGCAUCAAUGGAAGCCAGUUGGUAUUCCAGUUAAUUUAUGUUCAGAGGUAGAGUAUAUAGAGAGGAAUCCUUGUUUUGGAUGAAGGCCAUCGGCUGUCCACCGUGCAAAGCACCCCGAGUGAGCUACAGUAUUUUUUCGGAAGGCAGUAAGACCCGUUGGCAGUUAUAUAAUACAAUGUAUUACCCUCAAGAAUCCUGUGUAUCCACAUAGAGCUACAGCCUCGGUCUUCAUGGAGUCACAAGCCAAGAAAAACAGUUUACUAACUUUUUCAAGAAGCCUUCAUGAAGCAUGUAUACAUCCAGUGUUUUGUCAAGCUCUCUACAAGGACUUAGCGGCCUUCGUCUGUACAUGGUGCUAUAACAGACCUCUUUUCUUCAUUAUACAAUUUAUUUUUCAUAGAUGGCAGACGGUGUUCUGUUGGUCAGAUAGUUGGGGGUCCAAGUGACAGAUGGGAACAUUAGCACUUUAUGGUGAACCAUUCAUGAAGUUGGAAAGGACCACCAACCUUCAGAACUUCUGAAAAAGCCAUGAAUGGUCAUAGACUCAUUGGCUUCUUUAUUAGGUACACCUUGAGGUUUAGUAGAUGGUUUAGAGGUUCUUUUGUUCUACCACAAGUGGAAGGUGUGCAAUUUAAGUAUCCUCUGUCUCUGUAGUGCAGAAGCUGGGCCAAAAUGGGUCUGAGGGGGAGCACCCGGUUGCGGCGGGCGACCUGGUGUGCGGUUCACCCGUUCCACUGUAAAGAAUAGGGAAAAGGCCUCCUUCCCAAAUAUCUUGAUCAGCCAGGUCUCCACAAAUGUGGUGGCAUCUCCCCCUUCUGUUUUCUCUAGCAAUCCUACUAUAUGGAUAUUGUUGCCUCGCAGGCGAUUUUCCAUGUCAUCUGCUCUAUUAUUAGUGUCUUUGGCAAGCUGAUAGGCGGCAUGGGUCUCCCGAGCAACUGGCGGGAGUCUACCUUCAACAUCACUCACCCUGCUUUCCAAUGCAGUCGUACGUUCUCUAAUCUUCUGCAAGUCUUGCCUUAACAGGGAAACACCCUCUCUCAGCCCACCAAAUUGCUCUUUAAGGUUGUUCACAGAGGCUGUGCAAGCAUGCACUGCCCUAAAAAUUUCAGACAGAGUUGGUUGUACAGGUUCCUCAGCAUCAGUAUCUGCAAGGAGGGAGGGGAGCUGCUCUGCUAGUGUGUCUGGCUCUCCCUACCCAUCAACAUGCAGUGUACUCUGCUCAUGGGCUGUCUCAUGUGCUGCCUCAUGUGACGAUUUAGCAGAACCCUCUGCAAUUUAAGUAUCCUUGAUCGAAGAAUAGUUGUUGGAGUCAGAGACAUCUUAGAUAUUGUUCUGAGAUUGCAGGCAUUGUGGUGUCCAGAGUUUACAGAGAGUGGUGAGGAAAGCACCGGGCUGGCAGUAGUUCUGUUAGAGAGAGAGGAAAACACCUGGACUGGGUUAAGCUGUCAAGAAAUCUAGACUUGCACCAACAACCACUGUUUAUAGCAGUUUACUGUGCAGAAGGUCACAUUGAAGUGUGUAGCUAUAUCCAUAGACCAUAGAAAAAGAGGGUGCCCAGAACUGCCUGGUUAUACAGCCUUAUAUGCAGUUAAAAAUUGCACUUGGCAAAAAAUAGUAUAUACAGUUUGGAAUCCUCUAGAACAGGGGUGUCAAACUCAAUUUCCUUGCGGGCCACAUCAGCAUUAUGGUUGCCCUCAAAGGGCCCAGUUGUAUCAGCCCCCCACCCUCCUUACAUUGGAUGUCAAGAGCCCCCCACCAUCAGAAGUCGUGCAUCCCCCAACUAUCCCUUACAUCUGCGCACCCCCUUGCCUUGUGCUGCUGCCAGGAGGGCUAGACAGAGAAGUUCAGAAUCUGGUGGAGGAGUCCUGUCCUCUCUGCUGCUGAGACCAGGUAGGGGCGGAGACAAGG